AAUUAUGGUCAGCUUUUGCUAGUAAGGUACCACACAGUAUAUCCAUGGACUACAAAAACUUAAACCACUGGACACGCAAAACUACAUACAUUGUUUAAUUUCAAGUUAAUUUAAUGUAAACUGUGUGAUUUAUGGAUAUGUCCAAAACAAGAACUACGUAACGUUUCCUGGUUGUCAGUUGUCAGAAAUCAGACCUUACCACAGGUUCCUGGAUGCAACAUCAGUUCUACGCGGCAGAGACAGAUACUUUGAAGUUAACUUUGGAGUUCACUCUAGGCUGAGAUUAAAUCAUCUUCGUAGUUGUUUGGCUCAUUCUGAAGACUAAUGAGCAACUGUGAGGACUUCUACUUGGACUGGAUUUCACCUGGGAAGAGAAAAAGAAAAAAGAAGCUCACUGAGAAAAAAACCACUGUGAAACACAAAAACAUCAUCAUAAAAACAGAGGAGGAAAUCCAGAAAAAGAAAAAGAAGAAAAAAAAGAUAAAGCCCAAAUUCAAAGGAGCACUGGGGGAAAAUACGACAGAAAAGAAGAAAAGGAAAUCCCUGUUAAAGUUAAAUGACUGGGGUUCUGGCCAUGUUGCAAAAUCUAAAGUCUCAGAUCCGCACAUCACUGAUCACCUGACACUGGUCUCAAAAAAGAAAAGAAAAAAGAAAGUUGCAUUUGAUUUAUCACCAGGCUACAUCUGUGCCAAGCAUCCUAAACCUGUUUGUUCAUCACUCAAAGUGAAUGUCUUGCCUGAGAAAGAAGCUGUGACAGAUAUUACUGGUUGUCAGGUCGUAAAAGCAAAACUCAGCCAGACUCAGUCACAUGACAUUGACUCUCAGUGUACCAGUGAUGACAUAAACAGCCAGGACCUCUUUAUCACACAAAAGACAUUCAGGACAUUUUCCUCUGAACCUUCUAGUGGUGAAGCCAGUGACAAAGCUGUUGAUAAAACUUCUCAACAAACAAUGACAUAUCAGAAAGUGAUGCAAAAUUCCCCUGUGUUUAAGAUAAAGUACAGUGGAGGGUCAAACACUCAUCUGCAGGAUGCAUGUUUUCCUCUGCCUCCUAACAAAGAGAAACAAUCCCUGGUCAAGGAAAAGGCCGCAUUGGUACUACAAGAAGAAGAUGGCUUCGAGCAGGAUCUCAAGAAACCGAUGGAGUUAAACACAAAAGUUAUUGAAGAGAAGAAAAUGUAUCGCACUGUACCUAUGAAGAUUAGGACAGUGAAUCCGUACCUGGAUAAUCCAGUUAUGGUUAAGAGCUCCUUGGAUUGUGCAAAGUUCAGUACCUUGAGUCAAGAGUUUCCUUUGUGUGGCCCAAACACAAACAGGCCUUUCCUGCACCUGCAAACAUCAAAAGCAAGCAUUUCAACACAAACAGAAAACUUCUUUACCGCUGAAUUCUCCUCCUAUCUCAGUUUCUGUCAAAAACAUUUUUAUUUGGAGACCCUACAGCCUUUAGACCUGAGCCUUCCACAGAGGACCAGGAAGGAUCUGGAGAGGUGUUUUUCUGAGACAUCUGAGGUCAAAGUUGACAAAAAACAGCGCUGUAAGCAGAAAGCAUCAUCCAUCCCAGGAGACAUGAAAAGGAGCCGCCACAAACAUCCCAGCCUACAAUCAUCUUACUUUUCUGAAGAGAAAGCUGAGUUGAAGACAGAGCCUGCAGUUCGACAGCAGUGUUGUAUAAGUACAGAGCAUAAAGGCCAAAUUGUUACAAGCCCCCAGCCUGAGUCAAAGUCUGGAGAUGCAACCUCCAGCGAGGACAACGAGCCCUCCUUUCGCCCUGGCAAGGUGGACCUGACUCAGGUCAAAGCAGUCCAGAUGAGACUGAACGAGUCCUUCUUUUUCAAAACAAAGGGAGACAGGCAGUCACCCAGAGCAGAGUCUCCCCUGAUGAAACUUGUGCAGAGCAGAGGGAUGAAGAACAGGAAGUGCCGCUGAGGGUCAUCGUGCAGUGGUUGCAUCUUCUUCCAUAAUUCAAGGUUUCCAAUGUGCAGAUUUCAUUCUAAAAUAAAGAUCUUGACCUAAUUGUACAUAUUACAUCUUUGUUCCUGUUGUUUGAAUUUUCAGAUCAGAUGUUUCUAAUUAAGGUUGAAUGAAGGUUUUAUGUUCACAUGUUUGUGUGAGUUCAUGUCAGUUUAAGUGGCAUAAUUUGUUUAAAUUGUUUAAAGGCAUCAAAUUGUUGUUCUACAUAGAAAUCAAAUAAAGUUUAUUUAAUUAUUA